GACAUCGUCGACCCAAAACAGGGUCGCACCCCUGUGUAACCUGGAUAAAUGUAUAGAUAGCAUUACAUUAGUAGGUCCAUUGGACCCUGAAAUCAGUCUGUUGUGCUCUUCUCUACAAUCAAUCGCAUGUAUUUCGAGACUCGAACAUAUCAAGGCAUCGAUCUUCUAAGCGCGUUCUGUGAUUUCAGUUAAUGCUACAACUUCAAAUUCGUGCUGCUACGACAAUUAUACCAAAUCUUCGUUAUAUGGAGUAACAGCCAGCGAUUGGAGAAAGCACCCUCAAAAUGGCUCACCAAGGCUCACCACAGUCUUUGCCAUCGUCUUCAACAACUGAGAACCCAAUUGUUGCAGUUGGUAGAAAAGUAAAGUCGGUUCUGACCACACACCAACGACCUACCAUUCGUAUCUAUCGCGACUCGUCGAAUGCCGAAUCACGAAAUGUUCCCUCAGCAAGAGACUUUUGUGAGAAAUCUUCCUCAACUCCACUACCUCAUGGAAGUACACAGCAAAACCGCACAGGGCUUUCAGAACAAUCCGUCACUCAGGCGGCAAACCACCCUCUUCCAUCGCAAGGAAAUGCAUUUACCAACCGCUUUCGGUCGCUAUUUGGUCGCGGGGAGUACUCUAAAGAGCCCGAAUCGUAUGAGCAUGAAUACGACCCUGAUAUGGUAGAUUUGCUAGAUGUUGUGGAUCCUGAAAUAUCCACUCUCUCCACUCUUACCAAUGUCCAGAAUUCCCUCUUCGUGCCUCAAAUGGGAGGCUUCGUUAAUCGUCAACCGACAUAUAAACUUUCAGAACGCCCGGGAGAAGUACGCACGAUUGAUAAGAUCAAAGCAAAGUUGAAGAAUCUACGAAGUCCAGAAAAACAAGCGGAUAGUGAUACAUGGAAGCCGCCAAAAUUAGAGUAUGCCGUUUUGCCCGAUGGGGAAAGGCUUGGUGGUUGGACAACCGCUGAGGUGGAUGAGCUAGAUGAUCUUGUUAGACAUCAACUUCAUUCCCGACGAGCAAAAUUCAAGCGUUCGAUGAAAGGAUUUGGACAGUAUGUCCGCAGACCUUUGGGACUAUUCAUCACAGUAUACGCAACCUUGAUCACGCUAUUCGGUGCGGCCUGGGUACUCUUUCUUAUCGGCUGGAUAUCCCUAGGUUCUCAAAAAGAUUACAUUGUCAACAUUGUUGAUAAUGUCCUCGUCGCUCUUUUCGCAAUCAUUGGUGAUGGUCUAGCCCCUUUCCGUGCAGUUGAUACCUACCACAUGGCCUAUAUAGCACACUAUCACCGCAAAACUUGGAAACGUCGCGAAAAGCUCGGUCUCCCAGAGCUAUGGGACCAUAACGAUCUCCCAGAACAACGCAAGGAAGAUAUUGCUCCACCUCCUCAAGUCGAUAUCGAGAGUCUUUGCGCCCGUCGAAUGCCCAAAAGUUUCGCACGUAGAAUUGCGCCUCGCAUACCCAAGAAGUACGCCGAUAAAAUGAUAGCUCGCAAUCAAACAGAAGUAGAACCAAACUAUGAAUAUACCGUUCUCUCCCCAGAAGAGCAGAGUGUCCUCGAAUACCACGAACGAAAAUUUUCCAAAAGUCACACAUUCUAUAAGCCACACGAGACAGAAACCCAUUACGCAUUCCCUUUGAAAUUACUUUUUGCCGUCGUUUUAUUACUCGAUUUACAUUCUUGUCUUCAGAUCACGUUAGGUGCAUGUACAUGGGGAAUCUCUUACAAAACUCGACCAUUCGCCCUCACGACAGUCAUUCUAUGCUUUAGUAUCACUUGCAACAUUAUGGGAGGAGUUCUAAUAUCCAUGGGCGACAAACGUACACGCAAACAUGACGUUAUUGAAAGAAUGAUGAAACAAGAACUUACUUCUGAAGCUAUCGAAACGAUCAACACCCGAAGACUCAAAGAAGCAGAGGAAAGAGGAGAAAUAGAUCCGGAGAUUCGAAAGAGAAGAGAAGAGGAAAAGGAAAGAGAGGAGAAUGAAGAGAUCAAGAAAAGCUGGAAAAGCGUACCAAGCUUACCGAAGAAGUUAUUGGGUAAGGGUGAGGAUCACAGGCAACCGAGUUUGCCUGUGGAAGCUAGAAGUUCGAGUUCGAGUACGCAUGUAGAUUCGCCGAAAAGGGCAGGCUCAAGUUCUUCGAAGGAUAAGAAGUCAAGCAGACAAGGUGGUACAGCUCUACAACCUGUACAGGAAGUUCCAACAGUAGCUCAGCCAACGUAUCCACAGCCGGUAGCGAGAAGAGGGGAAGGCGUGGUACCGCCUAAAAAAGGGGUGGGGCAAAAAGUUUUGGCGGGGUUCAGGAAGGCUGAUUUGGAUAGAAGCUAGUGGUAUUUCCCACUGCAUCUAAUAAGCAUUUUUUUUUUUUUGCGAGGAUCACUAGGAUGAGAACAUGGUUUUGAAGAAAAGAUGGGAUGUAUGGGUAUUUGGAUAUUAUCGAAAGUUUAGCGAGGCGUUUUUGGAAGGGUCAAACGAGUGAAUAUCCUAGAUCUUUAAGACCUAUAUGGAAUGCAACGACAUGUCAUGAGAUAGUAAUGAAUAUUAUAUAAUAACGAUUUCCAAUAAUUCUAUUG